GUCCCAAACUAAUCUGGUCAACUUUGUAGUUGCAGGCUACUCGCAAUCUGCGAUCGAUCCAUUAGCUUAGUUUAUUCGUGCCGGCGAUCGUACUCGUACGUCUGGAAUGAUAUACUGCACUGCACACAGUGCGGAUUGGGAGCUAGUUGACCUUCUGCUGCAGCCACUCUGAGGAAGGAAGGGAAGGGAAGCAACGGGUCGGGAUGCAGACGUACGUGCACGACGCAGCAACAGGGCGGGGGGCAGCCGGAGAGAUGGUGUCGUCGCAGCCGCGGGUGUGCGUGACCGGCGCCGGCGGGUUCAUCGCCUCGUGGCUCGUGAAGCUCCUCCUCUCCCGCGGCUACGCCGUCCACGCCACCGUCCGCGACCCAAGUGAUCCGAAGAACGCCUUCCUGAAGCAGCUGGACGGGGCCUCGGAGAACCUGCGGCUGUUCCAAGCCGACGUCCUCGACUAUGGCACGCUGGCGGCGGCGUUCGCGGGGUGCGAGGGGGUCUUCCAUCCGGCAACUCCGGUGCCCGGGGACAAGCAUGUUGAUCCUGAGAAGGAGAUGAUGGCUCCAACCGUGACGGGCACCAGAAACGUACUCGAGGCUUGCUCGGCUACGAAUGUUGAGAAAGUCGUGGUGGUCUCAUCCGUUGCUGCCGCUUGUUUUGACCCCAACUGGCCUGAAGAUAGGCUCAAAGACGAGAGCUGCUGGUCAGACAAACAGAUCUGCAAGGAAAUUGAGAGUUGGUAUUGUCUUGCAAAGACCGAAGCAGAAGAGAUGGCCCUGGAAUACGGGCAGAAAAACGGACUGCAUGUCGUUACAUUCUUGCCUGGUCUGGUCGUUGGACCUCUGUUGCAGACUGCGUUGAUCAAUACAAGCAUCAAAGUCUUCCAGUAUAUCAUCAAAGGAGGUCCUGACACGAUGAACAACAAGUUCUGGCCCUUCGUGCACAUCCACGACAUCGCCGACGCUCUGCUCCUAGUAUACGAGAAGGCGGGACCGUCCCAGAGAUACAUCUGCGCGUUGGAGCAGAUGGACAUCAAGGACAUGGUGCUCUUGCUCAAGAGCAUGUUCCCCAACUACGACUACGUAGACAAGACGGUGGACGUGGAUUUCAGGGUUGCGUUUACAGCAGAUAAGCUGAAGAACCUUGGGUGGAAGCCCAGAAGCCUGGAGGAGACGCUCGUGGAUGGCCUCGAGUUCCUCGAGAAGGCAGGCCUCCUUCGGGAACCCUGCCGGCUUCCCUAUUUCUACCGCAUGAACGCCGAGGAAUGAAUUUGGGCGCCGUCGUCGCUGUGCUAAUUUCCAGGCCUCGAAACGCCGCCAUGUAGGCUCGGGGGACACGGGCUGACGGGCAGCAGGUCUCAGUUCCUCACUUGUGCUUGCGCUGCUUCCUUUGUAUGUUUCUCUUUCAGUUGGACUCGUGGUGCGUUUUUUUUUUUGAUAAAGUGGUGCCAUGUACAGUUGUAUCUGUAUCGGUUUGUGACUUUGCGUGUCACAACAGUUUAUCCUUCUAUAAUACUCCGCCCCGUAUCUUAUUAUUA